AUGGCACUUCUGGAGAGUCCCGAGAUUGCGACUAUACCGCAAAAUACCUACAUCACGCAGACGACGGAGCCAUUCAAAGGUCCUUCAGUGACGAUUGAGAGUACAGUCGAUGAGAUAAAAUCCAAUGGGGCAUCGCCCAAAACUCGAUUUGAGCUGGAAGAGCACCCUGUUGAUCAAGUAAGACCCAUUAAGGUGGGCAUCAUCGGUGCUGGUCUCUCUGGAAUCACUGCUGGUAUACUACUCCCUGCCAAGCUGCCUGGUCUGGAUCUUCGCAUCUGGGAUAAGAACGCGGACGUGCCGAGCAACAGGUUCGAGAAUACGUAUCCUGGUGUGAGAUGCGAUAUUCCCGCCCACGCAUAUCAAUCAGUCUUUUCACCCAACACGCAGUGGACAGAAGAGUUUGCCCAGGGUGCAGAAAUUAGAGAUUACUGGCAAGGCGUAGCGCGAAAGUACAACGUUUACCAAUAUCUGCGUCAACAGCAACAAGUACAGAAAGCAGAAUGGAUUGCCGAAGAAGGAAAGUGGAAAGUCACCAUCAAGCAUGUCGAUGGCUCAGAUAAGAUCUACGAGGAAAAGGUAGAUAUUGUCAUCAACGCUAUCGGACACUUCAAUGCUUGGAAGCUUCCCGGUUACGAAGGAAUCCAAGACUUCAAAGGCCCACUCUUCCACUCCUCCAACUGGAAUCACAAUAUCGACUUGAAAGGAAAGCGAAUCGCCCUGAUCGGAAACGGCGCUUCUGGAUUGCAAGUACUUCCAUCCAUCCAACCCAUUGCCAGUCACGUCGACCACUACGCUCGCAAUCCCACCUGGGUUGCAGACUCCUUCAGCAGUGGGAACACUGGUGUACGCCGACUAGAGCCGAAUCUCUUUUCCGAGGAGCAGCUAGAAUCCUUCAAAGAUCCCAAGAAAUACUUGGAAUACCGCACGCAAGUGGAGAGGGGAUUCUUCCAGCGCUUUGGGGCUAUUUUCAAAGACACGGCCGAAAAUCAAGAGUUGAAGGAUAAAUGGACUGAAUUGAUGCUGAAGCGCAUUGCAGAAAAGCCUGAGCUGGCAGACUUGAUUCUCCCGGAUUUCCCACCCAACUGUCGCCGCCCUACUCCCGGACCUGGCUAUCUCGAGGCUCUCACCAAGGAUAAUGUCAGCUACAUCCGCACACGUAUCAAGCGGUUCACGGAAGAUGGAAUCAUCACGGAAGACGGCGUUGAACGAAAAGUCGAUGUGACAAUUUGUUCAACAGGUGCAAACGUCGACCACGCCCCUCCGUUCUCUAUCAUCGCCAACGGCAUCGACCUCAAAUCUGCCUGGAAGAAAGACGGUCUUUUCGGAUUCCCCUAUUCCUACCUUGGUUUUGCAACUCCAGGCUUCCCCAACCUCCUCUGGCUCGGUGGACCUUACUCCUCCGGUCACAGUGGUACCGUUCCCAACAGCGUCGAAAACCAGGUAACAUACAUUGCAAAGGUAAUCCGCAAGUUCCGCAGCCAGGGAAUCAAAUCCAUCGUUCCCACAAAGCAGGCCGCGGAUGACUUUGUCGAGUAUUGCGACUCGUUCUAUCCGCGCACGGUGUGGACAGCCAACUGCAGUUCGUGGUAUAAUGGUGGUCAACCCGGAGCUCGUAUUCAUGGAUUGUUCCCUGGCAGUGCGGCGCAUGCUAAUUAUAUUCGUCGGGAUCCGAGAUGGGAGGAUUGGGAGUAUACCUAUGUUAAUGGGAGUGGGAAUCGAUUUGCGUUCUUUGGGAAUGGGUGGACGUCGAGGGAACUUGAGCCGGAGAAUGCCAAUUUGACGCCUCAUUUGAAGUUGCCGGAGGAGAUUGAUUUGAGAUCGCAUUUGGAGGGGUGGUGGGAUGUUUAA